CAGAGAAUCUGGGCCCUUUAACCGUCCUGCGCAUGCGCAGUGUCAUCGUACAUUCGGCUGCUUUUUCAAAAUGACGAACCAUUGCGCUGCGGAAUGUUGUCCUUCGAAGGAGUUUAAAUAAAGAACCGGAUCAUUUGAAUUUAAAGAUACAAGAUGGAGCUCCCGAACUACAGCCGACAGCUCAUGCAACAACUGAAUGCUUUGAGAAAAGAGAAGCGGUUUUGCGACUGCUCCAUCCUGGUUGGAGAAACUCCUCAUCCUGCUCAUAAACUAGUGCUUGCUGCGUCCAGCAUGUUAUUUAAGUCGGUUCUUGAGGGUUCUGACAGCAUCUCCAUCGACACAGAUUUACUCUCCUCUCAAGAAUUUUCUUGUCUUUUGGACCUUGUGUAUACCGGUAAACUACCUCCUGGCAAGCACAACCUCACUCGGCUCAUAGCCGCUGCAGACAGCUUGCAGAUGUUUGACGUUGCUGUGGGUUGUAAGAACAUUCUCAACGACCUUAUGAAACAGACCUCCGAGACCGGGGACACGGAAACCCGUGAGGGGUCAUCUAAGAAAGACUUGAGAAGUUCAGAGGACAGUGCAAUUGAGAUGAUCGAACAAAAUCAACCAGGGAUCAAAAAGAUCCUACAGAGGGUACGGCCGUGUGCUGACGCUCUUAAAACCUGGGAUACAAUCUCUGCAGAGGAACGCCAGGUCAUACUAGGCAAUUUCAAAGAUGAUCCAUCAGAAGAUAAGAUUUACCAGCAAUUGCUCGGUCUGAUCCGGGAUGAGAGAGUCCUGUCAGCUCAGACUGUCCUCAAAUUGGUAGAUCAGUUAAAACACUUAAUUUCUGAUCCAGAGUCAGCAAUUGAGCAAGAAAAAAGUGAGGACCCUUUAAGUAAACCAAAAGAUCGUACAACACUCGGUCAGCGAUCAGGUGGGCUUUUGGAUCACAUGUCAAAACUAACUCACCACCUUUCCAGUGUCAACAACCUGUCUGAGCUUUUGACCAAAGCUGUAAACGGCUGUAAGAACGAUGUAGAAAAAACGGAGGUGCUGGAGUGCUGUAAUGCACCAUCAUCUGUGGAGGUGGUGGAGAGUUUGUUUUGUAAACUCAAAGAGACGACCAUAAGUGAAGAAACGCUUCGAAUGCUUCUCCAUGAGGUCAAGAAAAGCUCGGCAGAUCUAGCAAACCUAUUGGAGAACCUGAAAGACACAGGGGGUGAACAAUCAGAGAAAUGCACGGGGAUGGAUUUGUUAAGAACGUAUAAGAACAGACUCACAAAACUCGAUCUGAACCGCCAGUUCAUCGAAGAGAGCCUUAAAACCGGUCCGGACAUCUCUGCAGUCGAGAGAGAGUGUAUUCAAACCCUGCUAGAUGAGCAAGCAGCUGUCGAUGUGUUUGAAAGGCUGAUAUCUUCAGUGUUUAAAGAUGGAAGUUCACUGCAGGCUGUGACUGUCUGGAGGAUUCUCAUGUGGGGACAGACACGAAAUCCAAAUCUACAGCUCAUCAUAAAGGAGGUCAAGGAGAAACCAGAUGCUCAAAAUCUCCUCCAAACCAUUCAAGACUUAGAUGUGAUUUUCAAGCACAAAUCGCUAAUUCUGGAGACCGUCAGUGAUAUAUCUUUACUCGAGCGAGGUGUGGAGGCGAUGGCUCAUGGGACAGAGCAAGCUGCUGAGUUUCUCCAAAGCUGUCGAAAUGCUGACGGUGAGCUGGAGUCUGUAUCGCAAGCCAUCGAGAGAGUUUUGAGUCGCGAUUCGACAUUCGCCGGUCCGCUGUGCCAACUGCUGUCUGCCAACCAGGAGAACUUUCCUCAGCUGUCCACCUUAGUAGAAGAUCUCAAACAUACAGCAGCAUCCGGAGCCCAGGCAGUCCCAAACCCGUCUGAGUUGGAGCAAGAAGAGUCUACUGCUGAUUCUGAGGAUGAGGAAGAGGACGACUCCGUAACAAGAGGAAAGAGGAAGCUCGUCCCUGUGUCCUACAGCUGUGAGUGGUGUAAUAAGGCAUUUGACUUUAAAUGUCGUCUGAUAAAGCAUAAGAGGGUUUGUGCGCUCUCGCCGGAGAAAGAGCAACGCUGCUCUAAGUGUCCCAUGACAUUUCCGACUCUCAAGAGCCUUCAUCAGCACUGCACAGAAACCCACGACGGCCCUCCAGCCAAAAAGAAGAAAACGGAGCAAGUACAGUGUGACCUGUGUGAUAAGUCCUUCAAACACUCCUCAGGUCUGCUUUAUCACAAACGCACCGAACAUUUUGAAGAAAGGCCGUACGCGUGCGAGGAAUGCGGGGCCAAAUUUGCCGCCACCUCGUCCCUCAAGAACCACAUGCGUCUGCACACGGGAGAGAAACCGUUUCAUUGCAAACACUGCGACAUGAGCUUCUCUGUGGCCGCCGCUUUGUCUUACCACACCAAAAAGAAGCAUGCAGAAGGUAAAAUGUACUGCUGUCAGUACUGUUCGGCCUCGUUCGCACAAUCCAUCGAACUGACGCGUCACGUCCGUACGCACACGGGAGAUAAACCGUACGUCUGCAGGGAUUGCGGGAAGGGUUUCAAACAAGCCAAUGGGCUUUCUGUCCAUCUACAAACCUUUCACAACCUUACAGAGCCCCAUGACUGUCAGAAAUGUCGGGUGAGUUUUUCUUCGCUCAAUGAACUCCGGCAGCACAUUCAGGAUGUUCAUCCCAAAGACCUGCACCAGUGUCCUGACUGUAGCAAGCUCUUCAACAACGAAGCCAGUCUGGAGAAACACAUGACCGUUCAUGACGGCAGCAAACCUUACAGCUGCAAGGCAUGCAAUAAAUGCUACCAGACAGUCUCGGGCCUGUGGUACCAUAAUCGUACCGCCCACCCCGAGAGCGUCACAGCCCAGGGCAAUAAACCCAUUAAAUCUCUGCUCCAGUGUGACAAGUGUGACAAGACGUUUAGCAACAGAAAUAGCCUGUUAAAACAUCAGAUAACUAAUCAUACAGAAGUGCACUUGUGGAAGUGUGUGAAUUGUGACGGCACCGUGACGAGUGAGGUGGAGUUACAGCAGCACAUCUGCAGCGGACAGUCCAGCCAAAUCGACUCUGUGUUCAGCUGUGCCGUCUGCUCACUUCACUUUUCUUCAGAGCCUGAAUUUCAGCAGCACUUCUUAUCUACACAUCUGCAGGAUGAAACGCAGUCGCAGGUCUCCAGCUCUCAGACGGUGAUUCAGUGUGAGGAUACGGUCAGUCAAGGGGCGGAGCAAGUGAUUAGCCUGGACCAAUCACAGAUUGAGGCUUCACAACAAGUGUUUGUUGCUCUCGGCGAUCAACAGGAAACGGCCAGCGGUUCAGGAAUCGUUGCUUUGAGCAUGGAAGAUCUACUGAACGGCACAGUUACUCUCAUCUGUGAAGAGGGUCAAUAAACUCUACUCUGGUUAAA